AUGCAGAAAUACUCAUCCCAAAGACUCUUAUUAACUAAUGAAGAACUUCUACGAAUCUAAAUUCUAGCCAAAAACUCUUUCAGACCCUCCUCCAAAUAGAGAAUCAAAGAAAAACCUCAACUUGAAAAAUAUCAAUUCAAACCUGAGGUAUUAUCUCCAUUUAUUCUAGAUUAAUAAAUAAUCUGCAAAUCUAUAAAGAUCCAUAAAUGAUUUAUUAAGGUGGAACUUAAAUAAGCAAAUGAAAAGACAACAGAUAUAUGAUGAUGAAGUACUCAACCCUCAUUUAUUUCUAGUCAAGAGAAUUUCUCAACAAUGCCAAUAGGUUAACUCACGAAUUAACAAAUACCUCAGUCUUUGAUAGAUUGUAUUAGGUUCGAAAAAACAGUGAAAAUGUUAUAUGUAAUUACUCCAUUCUCCAUUUUUAGAACAAUCUAAGAGGAACACUAGCAAUUUUGGACCUUAUUAUACUAAAAAUAUGACUAGUUCCAUGUAUUAAGAAUAUCAACGCUAAUAGUAAUUAGAUGUAUCUUCAUUUAAAUCUAAAACAAAUGCUACCGAUAGCAAAUAUGAAUUAUCACAUCAAUAAACUCCAAAUCCUAAAUUUGUAGAUUCAGAACAAUUACCUAUAGCUGUAAAUGAUGUAAAUACGUUUACCUAUAAUUUUCAAUAGCAAAUCAAAACUUCAUAACUUGUACAUCAGUAUGUAGACUUAACUGAAUAAUUGAGCAAUUCUAUGAAUGAGCCUGAUUCCCCUGCAAAGUCGCCAUUGCACUAGAAGGAUAUUGAAGUAAUGGUUGAAAGGUAUAAAGUACAUUGACUACCAAAUAGAUUAAACAAUUGGUAGGCUAAGAAAUAACAAUAAGAACAAUAAGGAUAAUAGGAGGAUUAAUAUGCAAAAUCCUAAAUAAAACCGAAUUUUAUCAAUUAAAAUAGAUAACCCUCGUUCGGAAGUCAAUAAUCUCAAUCGAAAUCUUAUUCGAAUAUGUUCCUUAAUAAUAAUCAAAUCAAUUGA